AUGACAACAACUACAGAAACCAGCCUCAUAACCCUCCCCGCCAAACCCACUGCCCAACUAAGCUAUACCUUUUACCCCUCAACCUCUCAAUCCUCCAAUAAAACCUUCCUCAUCUUCCUCAACGGCCUCACAGCCCCCCAAACCUCGUGGAUCCCCAUAAUCCACCACCUCCAAUCCACCCACCCACACAACCUCCCAGCCAUCCUCACCUACGACCGCUACGGCCAAGGACAGACUCCCUCCAGGGAUCCAGCCGACCAGGAUGCCACAGACCCAAGUCACGGGCACGACAUCCUCUCUGCCCUGGACGACCUCCACCAACUCAUCCAGCAGAUAGCCAACCUUCACCUCCCCACCUCAACAACCCCCUCAGACCUGAACCUAAUCCUAGUAGGCAACUCCCUGGGCUGCGCUCUCGCCCGUCUCUACGCCCAAACGUACCCAGGCACUGUGUCCGCCCUCCUCCUGCUCGACAGCAUCCUCGCCAACUCGGAUUUUGUGUCUGUGAUUCCGGAUCCUACUGCGCCGGGCUUUGUUCCACCGCCAGGGGAGGAUGGCCUCUCCGCUCAAGAUCUGAUUAUGGCACGAGCCAUCGCGGGGAAGGUCUUUCAUCCGUCUGUGGGGAGUAAGGAGGGCCUGUCAAGACGGAAUCUGGCGGAGUUGUUGCCUGAGAGUAAUGGACCGAGGCUGGUGGGGACUGAUGCUGGAAGGGGGCCUUGGCUUACGGUCAUUGGACAUGAUGGGAAAGCAUUUGCGGAGGAGAGUGUGAGGAUGACGGGCGGGAAGGUGUCUGGAAGGGUGUUUGAGGUGUAUGUCACGCCGUUUUGGGAGAGGUAUCAUCGGGGAUUGUUGGGUAUUACAGAUGAGGAAAGAGGGAGGGGACCACUUGUUGCUGAAGGGGCUGGACAUGUGGUGCAGUUGGGAAACCCGGGCUUUGCGGCAGAGGAGCUGGGGCAGUUAUUGGAUAAGGUUAUG